GAGCAUUCCUGUUAAGAUUGUUUCCAUAAAGACAUGACCACUCAGUAUGGUAUUCUCUUCAAGCAAGAGCAAGCUCAUGAUGAUGCCAUUUGGUCAGUUGCUUGGGGAAAAAAUAAAAAAGAUGGUUCUGAAACAGUGAUCUCUGGUUCUUUGGAUGAUCUAGUGAAGGUCUGGAAGUGGAAUGAUGAAAAAUUGGAUCUACAGUGGACUUUGGAGGGUCACCAGCUGGGUGUGGUAUCUGUGGAUAUCAGCCACACAGGCUCCAUUGCAGCAUCCAGCUCCCUAGAUGCCCACAUUCGCCUUUGGGAUUUAGAAACUGGCAAACAAAUCAAGUCAAUAGAUGCUGGUCCUGUUGAUGCUUGGUCCCUGGCUUUUUCACCUGAUUCCCAGUACCUUGCCACAGGAAGUCAUGUGGGAAAAGUCAAUAUUUUUGGUGUUGAAACCGGAAAGAAAGAAUAUUCUCUGGACACCAGAGGAAAGUUCAUCCUUAGCAUUGCAUAUAGUCCAGAUGGAAAAUACUUAGCCAGUGGAGCAAUAGAUGGCAUUAUCAAUAUUUUUGAUAUUGCAACUGGAAAACUUCUGCAUACGCUGGAAGGUCAUGCGAUGCCUAUUCGUUCACUGACAUUUUCUCCAGAUUCUCAGUUACUUGUAACUGCUUCAGAUGACGGCUAUAUCAAAAUCUACGAUGUGCAACAUGCAAACUUGGCUGGCACGUUAAGUGGUCAUGGAUCCUGGGUAUUAAAUGUAGCAUUUUGUCCUGAUGACACCCAUUUUGUUUCCAGUUCAUCUGAUAAAAGUGUAAAAGUUUGGGAUGCUGGAACAAGAACCUGUGUUCACACUUUCUUUGACCACCAAGAUCAGGUUUGGGGAGUGAAAUACAAUGGAACUGGGUCCAAAAUUGUAUCCGUUGGAGAUGACCAAGAAAUUCAUAUUUAUGAUUGUCCAGUUUAAAUGUCUUGACUUAAACCCUUUGGUUAGCUGUUGUGAUAGGAAUACUACUGUCCUAUGUAAUUUUUUUAGUAUGGCAAAAGCAUUUCACUAAUGCUGACCUGCACAAUGAAAUAAGUUUGUAUGCAAUUUUGAUUGUUUAGCAUGAGAGAAAGCUUUACUGUUUUUUAAAAUAAAAGCUACAGAUGCAA